CCUCGCGGGGGCGGAGUCUGCGCUCGGGUUCGGGCUGCGGCUGAGGCUGCGGCUGCGGCUGCUGCUGCUACAGCUACACUUCUGGCUUAAGGGAAAGAGGCCGAGGCCUGGGCCAAGCCCGGAGCCGCCGCUCGCCGGAGCCUCCUGGAGCCUCCGCGCCGGCUCAGCCUGGGGGCGGGCUCCGGUCCGGCCCGCCGCCGCACCCAGGACGGAGGCUGCAUGCCCGAGGACCAGGCCGGCGCAGCCAUGGAGGAGGCAUCUCCCUAUUCCCUACUUGAUAUCUGCUUGAAUUUCUUGACUACUCACCUUGAGAAGUUCUGUUCAGCCAGACAAGAUGGAACAUUGUGUCUGCAGGAACCUGGAGUAUUCCCACAGGAGGUGGCUGAUCGACUGCUUCGGACCAUGGCUUUUCAUGGUCUACUGAAUGAUGGAACUGUGGGUAUUUUUAGGGGCAACCAGAUGCGCUUAAAGCGAGCCUGCAUUCGCAAAGCAAAGAUUUCUGCUGUUGCUUUCCGGAAAGCCUUCUGCCAUCACAAGUUAGUGGAACUUGAUGCCACAGGUGUGAAUGCUGAUAUCACGAUUACAGACAUUAUCAGUGGACUUGGCAGUAACAAAUGGAUCCAGCAGAAUCUCCAGUGCCUGGUGCUGAAUUCAUUAACUCUCUCCCUCGAGGAUCCUUACGAGCGGUGCUUUAGCCGGCUUUCUGGCCUUCGAGCUUUAAGCAUCACCAAUGUUCUCUUCUACAAUGAAGACCUGGCUGAAGUUGCCUCGUUGCCAAGAUUAGAGAGCUUGGAUAUUUCUAACACCUCGAUCACAGACAUCACUGCUCUACUGGCCUGCAAAGACCGACUCAAGUCUCUAACCAUGCACCACUUGAAAUGUUUAAAAAUGACAACCACCCAGAUACUGGAUGUAGUUCGGGAACUCAAACAUCUGAAUCAUCUUGAUAUCUCAGAUGAUAAACAGUUUACAUCAGACAUAGCUCUUCGCUUACUGGAACAAAAAGACAUCCUACCCAACCUUGUUUCUCUGGAUGUUUCUGGGAGAAAGCAUGUGACAGAUAAAGCUGUUGAAGCCUUUAUACAACAACGUCCAAGCAUGCAGUUUGUAGGUUUGCUGGCUACUGAUGCUGGUUACUCUGAAUUCCUCACAGGCGAAGGACAUUUGAAGGUGUCUGGAGAAGCCAAUGAAACUCAGAUUGCAGAAGCACUGAAGCGUUACAGUGAACGGGCAUUCUUUGUUCGGGAAGCUCUAUUUCAUCUUUUUAGUCUGACUCAUGUGAUGGAAAAAACAAAGCCAGAAAUUUUAAAGCUUGUGGUUACUGGGAUGAGAAACCACCCUAUGAAUUUGCCAGUGCAACUGGCUGCAAGCGCCUGUGUAUUUAACUUAACCAAGCAGGAUCUUGCUGCAGGAAUGCCUGUCCGACUCCUGGCUGAUGUGACCCAUUUGCUGCUCAAAGCCAUGGAACAUUUUCCCAAUCACCAGCAGUUACAGAAGAAUUGCCUCCUUUCACUUUGCAGUGACCGGAUCCUUCAAGAUGUUCCGUUUAACAGGUUUGAAGCAGCCAAGCUUGUCAUGCAGUGGCUCUGCAACCAUGAGGAUCAAAAUAUGCAAAGGAUGGCAGUUGCUAUCAUUUCCAUCCUGGCUGCCAAGCUUUCUACAGAACAAACUGCACAGCUUGGUACUGAGCUCUUCAUUGUCAGGCAACUUCUUCAAAUAGUGAAGCAGAAAACCAAUCAAAAUUCAGUGGACACUACGUUGAAAUUUACUUUGAGUGCACUUUGGAACCUCACAGAUGAAUCCCCAACCACUUGUAGACACUUUAUUGAAAACCAAGGGUUAGAGCUCUUCAUGAGGGUUCUAGAGUCUUUCCCAACUGAGUCAUCCAUUCAGCAGAAAGUUCUAGGACUUUUGAACAAUAUAGCUGAAGUACAAGAAUUGCAUUCUGAAUUAAUGUGGAAAGAUUUUAUAGACCACAUCAGUAGUCUUCUACACAGUGUGGAAGUGGAAGUCAGUUACUUUGCAGCUGGAAUUAUUGCCCAUUUAAUAUCCAGAGGUGAACAAGCUUGGACAUUGAGUCGUAGCCAGAGGAAUUCUCUGCUGGAUGAUUUGCAUUCAGCUAUUUUGAAAUGGCCAACUCCAGAGUGCGAGAUGGUAGCAUACAGGUCCUUUAAUCCGUUUUUCCCAUUACUUGGAUGUUUCACAACACCAGGAGUCCAGCUAUGGGCAGUUUGGGCCAUGCAGCAUGUCUGCAGCAAGAAUCCUUCAAGGUAUUGCAGCAUGCUGAUUGAAGAAGGAGGACUGCAGCAUUUAUACAACAUCAAAGAUCAUGAACAUACUGAUCCCCAUGUCCAACAGAUUGCUGUGGCCAUUCUGGAUAGCUUAGAAAAACACAUUGUGCGCCAUGGGAGGCCACCUCCCUGUAAAAAACAGCCCCAAGCCAGACUAAAUUGAUAGCCAUAAGUAUUGGAUAAUUGAAUUACAGGAAUCCUUUUUGUGAUUGGUCCAUUUGGAAUAUCUUACCCUCCGUGAUGUUUUGGGGGUUUCUAUGACCGGAGUCAUAAAAUCAGUUUGGGAUUGGUAAUGUAUAGUACUGCCCAUGUGAACAGUCCCUAAUUUGUCUUGUGAUUUUUAACUUAUGAGUCAAGAAGGGUCUCUUCCUUUAUCAUUGCCUUUUAGGAAAUUUUCCACAUCUUUCAGUGUUUGAACUUACUUGUGCUUGAGAUUCUAGUUUUAUGGUAAAGUUUGCACGAACCCUUAGGCCAGACUUUUCUGAUCUCAGAGUCCCUUCCAGUCAAUUUGCAGCUUCACAUAAGCUGUUGACCUGAUUUCUGACACUGCUUCCGUUGUAAAUUUUAUACUGCUUCUGUAUAAAAUGGCUUUCUUCUCUAUCUGUGUAUCUUUUAUAAGAUGUCCUUCUUAGUGUGAAAGAAGGGAAAUGUGGAUCAUCUUGUGGAAGCUAAUCACUGGCAGGAGCCUGGAUGGCUGGCGGAAAGAUGUAUGAGAAAGAAAAACUAUGAAAGGAGAACAGAGUGUAGGAACUGGGAAUUGCUUUCAUGGUGUAGGUUUUAAAAUGAGACAGGCUACCCUUCAGGAGUCUACCUCUCUUGAGGCGGUGAGCAGAAGCUUGUUCUCCGUAUUUAUACCUAGAAGCGUGGACUGCUGCUUCCUGCACAGACUGCUGGUUAUUCUCUAGGAAUAUUUCCCCAAGCACCACAGUAUAAAAUAUUACAGCACUCUGUGUUAAAGACUGUCUACAUCUCCAUAUGUCGUAUUGUUGUGAAAAUGUGAUUUUAAAAAAUUAUCGCCAGUCAAAACUGGCUAUUCUUUUCCUCUAUUUCAAAAUCAUUUUUGUUCAGUGGAAUAAACAACAUGGUGUUAACCUCUCAGUUAAAAUACAAUUGACACCAGUAAAUUUUGCCAUGAAAAGUUAAAAUCUCUUGUUCAAAAUAUGUCUAUCUUCUUAAUGUAUUCAUGUUGGAGAAAGUGUCCCCGUCUGCCAAAAAUGAAAGAAAAGAAUUAAACUCUUUAAGUGGUUAAAUGUAAUGAUUCUACUCGCAGUGCAUAACAGCACAUAUUUUUGAUGGAUUAUUUUUUAGACAAUUACCUUUCCUUAAGGUAUCUGAUACAGUAUAGUAAAGAAUCACUUAUAUCAGUAAUAGCACUUGGGAGAUAGCAAGUCACCAAGAAACUUACUUUUCAUUUAAAAUUUUAUUUUGUGAAUAAAGUCAAUCUACAAUUGCAGAUAACCACAUUUUUUUUUCAUAGAUGGCCAGUGUUUUCAAUAGGUAUUUAAAAUGGAAUAUUUAAAUUAUAAUGAUUAUUCAGAAGCAUUUUAAUUUAGAAAGGAGCUAGUUUGUUAGUUCACUGAUGACAUUUUUUGACAAACAUUUUAUACCAUUAUCACAAUAAUCAGACUUGAAUUUUUUUGGAGUUUCUUCAUGUGAAUGAAAAUUGAGUUAGAAGAAAGUAGGUAUUUAGGUCCAGAUGCAGUGGCUCAUGCUUGUAAUCCCAGCAAUUUGGGAGGCUGAAGCAGGAGGAUUGCUUGAGCCCAGAAGUUCAAGACCAGCCUGGGCAACAUAGUGAGACUUGAUCUCUACCCAAAAAAAAAAAAUUUUUUUUUUUUUUUUAAUUAGCUGGGUGUGGUGGCGCCUGGGCAACAGAGCGAGACUCUGACUCAAAAAAGAAAGUAGAUAUUUAGAGUCACUGAAAACCAUAUUAAAUACUGGGUUAAUGCUGACUUAAUUGGCUUAAGGAAUUUUUAUAGGUAUAAGAUAAAUUUUCACAGACUAAGUUUAUUUCAGACGAAAUACAGAAUUCUUUUAAAAGGUUUUUUUUUUCCUUUUCUGAAUGUUAAUGUCUAAGACGAAGUUAAGAAAAUGAGAUGGCCUGUGGUAGCUUGGAAAUUGCUAGAUACGUUGACCAUUUCCAGGUCUUUUAUCUAGUGUAGUUAAGGGAAAGCCUAUUUAAGAAGUUUGGCUUCAAGUUUCUGUUCUAUGCUGUUAAAGACAAAAGUGCAUAUUUCUUUACAGGCUAAUGCUAGGUUUUUGUCUCUACAAACUUUUUUUCAGAAAUGGCUAAAAGUGUACAGAAAACAGUAAAUCCCUUCUUUACUCAGAAUAACUUCUUAAUAGAUGAAGCAUCCAAAAUAUUUAAAAGCAAGGGUGGGCGUAGUGGCUCUUGCCUGUAAUCCCAGCAUUUUGGUGGAUCACUUGAGAUCAGAGUUUGAGACCAGCCUGGCCAAUGUGGUGAAACCCUGUCUCUAUUAAAAAUACAAAAAUUAGCUGGGCAUGGUGGCUUUGUGUGCCUAUAGUCCCAGCUACUCAGGAGGCUGAGGCACGAGAAUCACUUGAACCCAGGAGGUGGAGGUUGCAGUGAGCUAAGAUUUUAAGAGACUAAGAUUUUAGGAGACUUUCCUACUUUUUUUCUUUUCGUAGAGACAGAGUCUCACUCUGUCGCCUAGGCUGGAGUGCAGUGGCACGAUCUUAGCUCAGCGCAGCCUCUUGGGCUUAUGUGAUCCUACCCCCUCAGCCUCUGGAGUAGCUGGAACUACAGGCUAAAUUUCCUACUUUGUAAACAUCAGUAGUGGCCAGAUAUUUCUGAGUCUUAAAAGCAAAAUAAUUUCUUACAUCCCAAAUAUAUAAAAAUUUGAGUGCCUUCGCAGUUGGGAUGGUUCCUAAAAUUGUGUAUAGAAUUAAGUCACAGAAUUGUCUGUAAGGUCCUGAAUCUGGCUAAAAUACAGUGGAUGUAUAUGUUGGAAUUAUGAGGCAUAAGUGGCCAGUAUCUAUAGUUAGAAUCUACAAGGCCUCCCUUUUGCACCUGUAGACUAGAAUGUAACUGUUAUUGGUGCCUUUGAGUGUUAUCUCUCAGUGGCUUAGAGGUGCUAUUUCAAGCACAAUUUAGACUAGGGUU